CCGGGUUGGCGGUUCUCCCUCCGUGUGGAAAGUGAAGCACGUUGAGCUGUACCAGGGCGAUCCCCGGGUGUUCCAGUCACUUACAGCAGGUCCUAUCAGUCUUCAUAAGAGACACCAUGAUGCACGAAAGUAACGAGUUCCUGAACUCCCCACCAACGAAAUCGGUCAGGUUUGGUGGGAAUGUGACCGAAGUCCUGUCAAAGUAUUCCCAGGGCCACAAGGAUGAUUUAGAACUUUUAAAGCACCAGUUGUCUGAUCCAGAUAUAAAGGACGGACAGAUUAUAAACUGGUUGCGCGAGUUUCGGAUUUCGGUGACUUACCUGACCAUUGAUUAUGAACAGCUAGUCAACAUCGUGCUGAAACUUCCGUGGCUGAACAGAAGCAAAGAAGUUGUAGAAGAAUACUUGGCCUUUUUGGGCAAUCUUGUGUCGGCCCAGACGGUCUACUUGCGGCCUUGCCUGAACAUGAUUGUCUCCAACUUUGUACCAGCUCGUGUUGUUAUAAGUGAAGGUGAUGUGCAUAUUUCAGACUCUGAGGAUGAAGAUGACGGUAUCGUCGCUCGAUUUAACACCUGUCACCGGACAUUGCAGAUGAUAGCGCAAUACGUUCCUUCAGCUCCACGUUUCCUGAUGCCAAUUCUUGUGGAAAGAUUUCCCUAUAUCAAAAAAUCGGCAAGAGUCAUGGAAUGCUAUGUUCAUAACCUUUUACGGAUCACUGUGUACUUUCCAGUGAUCAGACUGGAAAUCUUGGAACUCAUAAUUGAAAAGUUGCUUAAGAUUGAUGUGAAUGCAUCUCGCCAUGAUAUAGAGGAUGCAGAAGAAAGUGCGUGGGCUGCUACUAAGGAUAUAGGUGCUGCCGAAGAAGCGCUGUUUAACAUGGAUGAAGACGAAGACCUGCAGCAAAAGAGUGCAAAUAUUGUCAGUGAAACAAUGGCUCUUCCUGCUGCUGAAAGCUUAGACUUAGGAUUAUCUGUUCUCUUCCGUUAUAUCAAAGACAUCUGCUUCCAAAAUGGGAGCUUUCAACUUAAUAAAGCAAAGGAUUUAUACAAAGAGCUUCUUGCCAUAUUUGACAAGCUCAUCUUACCAACCCAUGCUUCCUGUCAUGUCCAGUAUAUCAUUUUUUACAUCUGCAGCUUCAAACUGGGUCUGGCAGAAGCAUUUUUGGAACAUCUUUGGAAGAAGCUGCAAAAUCCUAAUAAUGCUCCAAUUAUCAGACAGACUGCUGCAAGUUAUAUUGGAAGUUUCUUGGCUCGGGCAAAGUGUAUUCCCUUGGUGACAGUGAAGGCUUGCCUUGAUCUCCUUGUGAACUGGAUCCAUGGUUACAUAGAUAAUCAGGAUGCUGGGAGCAGGGCUUUCUGUGACAUUACCUUCCACGGGCCCUUCUACGCUGCUUGCCAGUCUGUCUUCUAUAUUCUGAUUUUCCGACAUAAGCAGCUUUUAGAAGGCAACUUGCGCAAAGGUCUGUCCUACUUGCAAGGUCUGAAUUUUGAAAGAAUUAUAAUGUGUCAGCUCAACCCUCUGAAGAUUUGUCUUCCUUCAGUAGUUAACUUCUUUGCUGCAAUCACAAGGAAAUAUCAGCUGGUGUUUUGUUACACUAUCAUCGAACGCAACAAUCGACAGAUGAUCCCCAUUGUGAGAAGCAGCAGCGGAGGUGAAACUGUUCAAAUGUGCACCAAUCCACUAGACAGCUUCUUCCCCUUUGAUCCUUGCAUUUUGAAAAGGUGUAAAAUACAGAUAGAUCCAAUUUAUCAGCCCUGGGAAGAGUCUAAUGCUGAGGAAAUGAAAAGACCCCAAAAGCCAGUUAAGCCUGGUGCCACCCCAGAUGAUGAAGAUGAUUUCCUCAAAGGAGAGACACCUCAGAAUGACAGUUCAGUCGAGAUGGCACCGGGUUCCUUUGACCUUUUCCUGAAGAGCCCGGCAAGCAGUGUGGGCUCCCCACCUUACACGUUCCUUCAGCGACCGUUCUGACCCCAUCAAGCACUUGAAUUCCAAAGCACUCACCUCAAGUAGAUAUCUCUUGAGGCACAGAUGGUGUCAGAAGCUGUCACCGGCUAUGUGGUAGCUGGGAAGGUUGGCACCGGUUAUUUAUGGACGGCCACGGCUGUAAGAACUCCCUUUUUGUUUGGUCAGAAUUGUCCUGGUCGGUCUUAAGGGGCCUUUAAAGUUUGUUCAUUGAUACCACUGAUGGGUUUAUUUGUGCAAAUGCAUAGGUGGUGGGUGCGAAGGUAUCAAGAACUUGUUGGAUUGAAAUGUAACCCACAUGAUACUUGCCAGUCACCCAAAGGACAUUGCGUCAAGUCCUGAUAACCCAGGCUGCAGAUCCAUAUAAUCAUUAUAUUUUCCUAUAUUGUGUGUAUCCCCGUGUUCUUACACACAGCUCGACAGUGCAAUAAUAAUGUGUAUAAUAAUGUCCUUGUUCUACAUAAAGUAAGGGGUGGCCAGUAUAUGUAUGUAGGUGGGCUGUUGAGGACUGGCCUCUCCACUAUGAUCAGUGAUGCACCUUGUGUCUCUUUUGUUAGAUAUAUUACAUUGGUGCAAAUUUACGAACCCUAUAGAUGGUGUAAGCUUAGUCGGGCAGUUUAGACCUGCACCAGAUCUAUCACAGGGGCUCAGGCUGGACGAUACAUCUGCUGCAAGGAUAGACACUUUGCUCUGACGCUAUACCAACUAUGGUUGCGUUACUUUAAGACAGAAUUUUGUGCCAGAAUUGUGGUGCAAUUUUGGCGUUGAUUGGUAAGCCCUUGCCCUUGUAAGGCUAAAAGGCGAAUAAUUUCUGCAAAAUGUGUGACAACGUGCCCUUAUUUUGGAGCACUUUAGACCAGAAACAAGUAACUGUAGGCCAAUGUGCACAUACUCUGAAGGAGAACUUAAAUUUGUGUAUUGUUACCCUGGCUGGUCUGACCAUACGAGUGCAUAGAUAUUUGUCA